CAACGACACAGAGAGAGCAAUUGAAUUUUCGUUCAGUGAGCCGUCAAGUGAGCCGAGUUCUUUUUGAUUUUAUUUAUUUGCUUUGCUGACCGCCGAGAUUGGCAAUACCCCGUUUUAUAUGACUUUUGAAAGCAUUAAAGGUAAGUGUAUGCCUCUGAUUUAUAUAUUUUGAUUAGCAAAUUGAUAUGCCUCGGGCAAUAAAUCAUAAUAAAAUCAAAAUGAAUCGCUAUUGAAUGUGCACAAUUGAGCCAAGACAAUGCUGUAUGAUCAUGCAUAUUGUGUGUGUGUGUGUGUGUUUGAAUAAGAAAGGGGUUAUGUUUAUACAGCGUAUGAUAUGUUUUCUUUUGUUUUACUGUAAUCGUUCCAUUUUUGCAUGGAAUCUUUAGACACCGAAACCGAGAUAAGCGAACAGUUGAGUUUGAAUUGAGUGUAGACUGUAGACUCUCUACACUGUAGAGAGAAUUUUGUUCCGCGUGUCGAUUCGAUUCUAGUGUGUCGAUGCCAAUUAAUUAUGACAUUUGAAUGGUGAGUAAGAAAGGCGGCAUUCGCUCUACUCCAUCAAUUCUAAUUAUGUUUUAUUAUCACAUCACAUUCAAUCGAUCGCACAUGGCUCUGCCUGAUGGUUUGAGCUGAUGGCCGAGUCAAUCGUAGUUGUGUUGUGCGGUUCGGUUGGUUUUCAUGAAUUUUACAUCAAUAUCCACCAUUGAAAAUGGAUACCAUUCGCUGAAUUUCUUCUUCUGCUCCAAUUCAGUCCUAUCGAUUAUAUCAUCAACGUCGGUCAGAUGGACGAUUGAACAUAUGUGACACGCAGCAAUUAUUUGUGACUUCUGCUGCUACUGCUAACUUAUUUAAUACUCUAAUUUCUCUCUGUCGAAGUAUUAAACCGCCACAUUUCACUCAUUCCGAUGCGAAUGUCACCAUGAUUAUUUUUUGUGGGGCUCAUGUUAUCAUCAAACCAACAUCGGUUGAAUCUCUUCAUCAUUUCAUGUGCCCAAACAUGAGUUCCGUUUACUCGAAAUAUACAUGCUCAAUAUCUAUCUAUCUAUGUCGGUGCACGUUUUGAAUACUGAUAAUUGUGAAUAUUGUUACUUUGUCGCUUGCUUUCUUUCUAUCAAUAUUUACGAUUUUGCCAUUGUUCAAAUAAACCCAGCACACCACCACAUUCGCGUUUCGAAUUUCGUCGAAACAAGCGAUAGAGGAAACCGUAAAGUGAUACUCAAAGGUUCAACCGAAUUGGACUAGAAUCAAAUUUGAGCCGCAUUUCAUCUGGACGAAACUGAAAUGUUUAUCUCGAAAAUCUCGUUGAAAAUUGAAUUUGAACGACGGUCGCUACCGCAGGCGACUUUUUAUUGUUCGAUAAAAUGUUCGGAUUUUUUUGUCUGUGUCUUUUUUGAUGAAAUUUCGUUUGCAUUUGCAUUCGCAGAGAGAUAGACAAAACAAAAGUUUGCACGACGAAUCGAAAAAAAAACGAGAAAAAUAUAUGCCAACACAAGUUGAAAACUGGUUAUGGCUUCAGUACGUUCGCUCGUUUUUUUCGUUUAUUCACUGUGUGUGAACGUAAAAACGUGUAUUAUCUCAUCGUGCGGCGAAAAAUGAAGCAAAAAAAAAUCCAUCGUCAGAGAGUCACGUCGCCUGCUCUCUUUCUUUCUAGCGUUGCCUUAUUGUUAUUCGCAUGCAUUUCGUGGAUUGUGUGUUGUAUGUAUUAUUUUUACGAGUUGUGUUGUUCGCGCGGGUCCCUUUUAAUGGUUCGUUCUUUGUUUUUGUUUCUUUUUUUUCGAGUGACUGUGUAAAUGUUUCUUAUUACUUGCUUCUGAUUUUGCACACACACACUCACAUUUUUCGUGAUUCAACGUCACUUGAUUUUUCAGUGGCAAUUGCAUUCGCCACACGACAAUCACUCUGCUCUAUGUGACCAUACACACACAGAGAGAGAGAGAGAGGAAAUGUAUGUUGUAACUCAUCGAUAUACAUGUUGCAAUCGGCCGAGCGAACAAAAUAGAAACAAAAGACCAACUAAAAAUGGGAUAAAAUCACAAUUCGAGCUUAAUAUAACCGUUUAGAGCUGCCGUAAAGGUCAUCAGCGAAAAAAAAUCACAACAAAAUUGAUGACGAUGAGGAGGAGGAGGAGGAGAAGGAGGGAAAACAAAUCAUUCGUUUCUCCAUUUGAUUUCUGCCGUUCGAGUGUUUACUUUGAAAAUUAAAUUGAUUUCGAUAUCAAUCGAUUCGCGAUCGAGUCACAUAAAACAACUGGAUUUGCUGACUCUUCAGCAAAUAUCAUUCGGAAUCAAUCUUUCGCUGAAAUUCGUUCGGGUAUAUUUUUUCCCCUCUAAUUUAUAAACACAUUUUCGUCCUAUUCAAAUAGAACUUUAUUCAAACAAACACAUAAAUUUCCAAUUCCAUGAAGUUGAAAACGCAUCGAGCGAGAAUUGUACACAGAAUUUCAAAUCGACGAAAAAAAAAUAUUUAUUAUCAAAAGUAAACAGCAAAAGCGAAACGCUGACAAAUAAAUAGCGGCCGAAUGACGCGGCACCGAUUGGGAAAAAAGUCAAGUGAAUAUUCAUGACAGUGAUAACGAGCGAGCCAGUCAGUUUUAUAGCAAACUGAAAUCUGUCUUCAACUUUAUUCAAACUGUGUGUACUGUCUCAAUACACCACGUUUUUUUUACUCGUACGAGUGUCGACAUUCGCCACCAAUAAAUUUCAUUUUAUCGAUUUAAUUGUGGAAUAAAUUUCUUCGACGUGCAAACAUUGCCAGAGAGUGAAACAAAAAUUUACAAAAAAAAAGUAAAGCGAAACAGUAUGGAAACGUGUAAAACAGUUGACACAUCACUUUCGGCACUUGAAUUUCAAAAUUAGACUGUACAAACGGGCUGUGCUUUCUCUCGCCACAAUGCAGCCGCCAAACACAUUCCAUCCACAUAGUUUCACGAGAAUGAUGCUUAAUUUUAUUUGUUCUUUUUUUCGGCUCAAUUUUUCCGCGAUAAUGAUUCGUCGUAUGUAUCCUCUGAAUCAUAUAAAAGUGCUCAUCAUAUGAGAAAAAAAAUCAUUUUCAUAAUGGAUCGAAAGCAUUUCCGAGUGUACACAUAUCCAUUUGGAAAUUGGUCUUCGUCAAGAGGAAAAAAGAAUGAGCUUCUGUUUACGGAACCGCUAAAAUCAUUUGCUAUUGCGAAAAAAACGGGCUUUAAAACCCAUACACAAGAAUAAAUUACGUGAGUGUUACAAAUGUGUUUUCUGUUGAUGACGUUUCACUCUGUGUCGACGAUUGUGCGCACUGCGCCCGUAACAUCACUCCAUUCCAACCGGAAUUUUUCGAGAAAAUUCACAUUUUCCGCAAUUCAUGUUCCAAUAUACGGUUCACUACCGUGUGUCUCGAACUAGCGAACAACCGGUAUUUUCAAUACGUUGUGCUAAUUCUACUAUAAUACCGUGACAAAUAUCGGGUGCAUAAAUUUUUAUUUUUAUCUUCCUUCAUUGCCAAUCAAAUGUCAGUGCGAGUUUGAUAUGGUGUAGGCCACACUACGAAAGCAAAUGCAAUUAGUUAGCGUUAGUUUGACAUUUUCAAACGAAAUAUUAAAAUCGAAAUUUUGCUUUGGAACCGAUCAAUUUUCAAUUUGAAGUACUUGACCACAGACUAUCGUAUUCACAUGUUUACUUUGCGUUGCAAAUAAAGUGGUUUAUCAAGUCGAUCCAAGUCGACGGUGCGGCAUACCGGGUGCGCUCAUAUUGCGACUAAAUUCGGUGAAAAGUUUUUUGAUUGAUAGAAUUUUUUCAAAUACCACGUCAUGAGAGAAUUUCGAAGGAGACACACGUUCAAAAACUAUAUUUCCAACUCAACGGCAUAGUGACAGUAGUGAGACAUUUGACAUCAGUUGUGCAUAUGGGCCCAUUUCUCAGCACUUAAAAUACGUUUCAGCCGAAAGAUAUGUGUGUGCAUGGAAAAGUUCACAAGUGUUGAAUUAAAUUUAAAUUGAUCUUGACGAAGUAAAUUAAAACACAACACAUCAACGGAGCAAAUUUUAUUUGUCUCUCUCACUUUGAUAACAACAGCAAAUAUUGCAAAAAUAUUUUCAUAGCAUUAACACUACAGAGAAUAUUUCGCCGAAGUUUUUUUUUCUUUCACAAGAACCAUUUUUGGGAGGAGACGAUUAAGAGUUCCAUUUUCCAUUGGAACAUUAAACAACCGAGUAAAAUCAAAAUUGAUUUCGUAAACAACAACAAGACCUAUCUGAGUUUCUACGUGCGUUAUCUCUAUCAAGUGUGCAUGUUCAUUUGCUCGUCCCUAUUUUGUUGAAUGUUAUUUGUUGACACGAAAAAUCGCCCAUUUCUCCAUCGUUUCCGGCAAACAACAAUCUUUCAAAUCGAUUGAAUAACUUUGCAUUGAAUAAUUUUCCACUUCGUGUUGACAUUAUGAAUACUGUUGAGUGAUAAGCAUCAGUAUAUAAAGGAGUACCUCCAUCAUCCAUUCAACACGACCAGUCUGUUGAUUUAUCGUGCAUGAUUUCCCAUAGGCAAUAUUCAAGUCAUAGGACUUCAAAAUUUUCCAGCAAUAGACACCGAAAAUUGCAGCCAUUCAGAGAAACGUGAGAAAGUGUCAUCGUCGUUCUAUAUGAACGCGAACCGCGAGAAAUUUUCGUUUUAAUUUAGUUCCUUAACACAACAAAUCAAAAACAAAAAAAUCAGAAAAAAAAUCUGCACAAAAAAACGUUAUUUAAUUUUUUCGUGUCGCUUAUAAGUUUUUUUAUGUUAUAAAAUCCCGAUUUUUAUUUUUGUCGUAAAAAUCAAAUGCUUAAUUUUCGUUAAAAUCACACCAUUAAUCCACAUACGUCGAGUGAACCACUCUGCAACAGUUUUGUGCACCGCAAAAACCGCAAAUCCAUAUAAUACAGGAUUUACAUCCAUAAACCACUCCAUUCGCUGGAUCAAAAGUGUCGGUGAAUACUGAACGAGCCAGCACUCAAAUCAUAUUCAGUCAAUAAAAAUUUGCAUUUUCUUCGAUAAUAUAAACCGAAAUAAAAAAGGAGCGUUUACGCGUCCGCCCGCACAUAAUACACAGAAUAAGUUCUGCGAACGAGUCGUCUAAAGUGAAAAUCAUCAUCACCACCACGUUGAACCGAUUAAUUCAGUACUUUCCCAUGAAUAUACGUAAAACUAUAACCAAUUUCAUAGGACCGCAUCAUUGUCGUUAUCGUUUUAUAGUGAAGUAAAACGGGUUUUCUACUAUUCAAUACAAAUGAAUUUAUCGAUCGAAGUGCACCGGGUGUGUUCGCGUGAAAACUGAAAAUUUUGCAGAAAAUUUUUGUCACACAUCGAGUUACAACGGCGUUUUCCGAUUUGUCUUUCAACCAGCACCAGCACCACUAAUCACCAACCACCACCACCGCACUCCUUUUACGUCAAUCGUCAUUGCAUGCUGAUGAAAAGCAUUUGAUCCGGUCAUUUUGCGUAGCGUGUUGAUGGUGAAGUAAAAGUAGUGAAUGCACAAUCUGCAGUCAAAAAUUUCCGCGCGUUUUUUUUCCAUUAUUGUUGGGCUAGUUUAUGAACGAUUUCAAGAUAUUCGCUCAAGUGAGUAAGGAAGCGAGAGGAUUUGUUCCGGAGAGUGAGAGAAAGAGAAAGAAAAGAUCAACACCAUAACUGAGUUAACAAACUGAAGAUAUCAAAAUGGGUAGUGUUAACGUCAAUCGCAACGUGACCGAUCUCUUUUAUCGUUACAAAAUGCCACGCAUUUCGGCCAAAGUCGAGGGCAAAGGUAACGGCAUCAAGACGGUCAUCGUCAAUAUGGCUGAAGUGGCCAAGGCUAUUGGACGUCCAGCCACUUAUCCAACCAAGUACUUCGGCUGCGAAUUGGGCGCUCAAACUCAAUUCGAUUACAAGCAUGAACGUUUCAUUGUCAACGGUUCGCACGACCCUGAAAAAUUGCAAGAUUUACUGGAUGGCUUCAUCCGCAAGUAUGUGUUGUGCCCCGAAUGCGACAAUCCCGAAACUGACUUGAAGGUACAGUCCAAGAAAGGCACCAUUUCCCAAAGCUGCAAGGCUUGCGGCUUUCACGGUCCAUUGGAAGUGCACCACAAGGUCAACACUUUCAUCAUCAAGAAUCCACCGAAUAUUAACCCGGCUACGCAAGGUUCGUCGUUGACUGAAGGAAAGCGCAGCAAGCGUUCGAAGAAGACCGGUGAAAAUGGUGAUGCCAACAAUUCAAUGGCUGAUGGUGAUACGUCUGUUGUGAGCAAUUCGGGUGAGGAAACGCUCAGCCAUAGCAAGAGUGUUGUCGAAGAAGAAGAUGACGACACCACCUGGACAACGGAUGUGUCUGAGGAGGCUGUGCGUGCCCGAAUGUAUGAUUUAUCCGAUGGUGCUAUGACGAUGACCAUCUCCGACGAUUCGGAGAAAAGCGAAAAAGAACGUAUCGACAUUUUCUACGAAUUCGUCAAGAAGCGACGCGAUGCCAAUCAAUUGGAUAAUGUGCAAGUGCACAAGGAAAUUGCCACCGAAGCCGAACGCUUGGACAUCACACAAAAGGCACCAUUGGUUUUAGCCGAAUUGGUUUUCAGCGCUAACAUUAUUACGGAAGUGAAGAAGCAUCGCAAUCUAUUGCUGCGUUUCACACACGACAACCAAAAGGCACAACGCUAUCUCUUGGGUGGUAUCGAGCAGAUCAUUUCAUUGCAUGCAGACAAGCUAUUGGAUAAAGUGGCCGGCAUCUUCAAGUUGUUCUACGAUUCGGACAUUUUGGAAGAAAAAUCUAUUCUGGAAUGGUCGGAAAAGGUUAGCAAGAAGUAUGUCACCAAGGAAAUGUCGGAGAAGAUUCACGAGAAAGCCAAACCGUUCAUUCAAUGGUUGCGUGAAGCUGACGAAGAGUCAUCCGAAGAGGAGGACGAUUCGGAUCUUGAAAUCGAAUACAAUGACCGUGCCCGUGUCGAACCGUUGCGUGCCGAAAAACCGGCUCCGGCCGUUAAGAAAGCAGCUGCCGGCGAUGAAGAAGACGACGAUCUCGACAUUGACGACAUCUAAACACCUCGCACCACGAAUUUCCGAAUUCACAUCUUUUACUAUGCUCAAUACAAAUGAAACAAAACAAAAAAAAUAUUGCACAUUUUCCUCUAUCUAUUUGUUAUUAGAAUAUCGCAAAUCUCCCAACAACAACAACAAUAAGAAAAAUAACAGAAGACUAUUUCACUUUUCGUUUGUUUAUUUAAUUCUUCGAUUCAAGUACUAUAUUUCUACUGAAUUUUUUAUGCAAUCACUGAAUUUCCAACUAAAUAUUUGUACCUAAAAAUCGCUAGAACUUUUUUUGUGUGAAAGAAAACAAGAAAAAAAAUUCAAUGAUUGAAACAAAAAAAAUGAAGCAAACAAUAAGCAGUUCAAACCAUUCGUAAUCGCAUACAUUUUUACAAUUAUUGCUAUGCAUAUGCUAUUAUUAUUCCCCAAAAGCAUCAACAAUACCAAGAUUUCGAAUAAAUGGCAUUGAAUUUAAUGAAAAUGAGCAAUAAAA